UUUUGAUUUCGGGAUCGAUCAGGCCACUUGUUAUGGAGAACUGAAAAUUAAUUUAGCGAUUUGAUCAACUCAAGUUCCAUCGAUUACCGAAGAUUUUCAUCGUCAAAGUUGCAUGGACGAUACAAUACUACUACUCCGGCGGCGAGUAAAAAAAUAUAUUUCGUGCGUCUAUCAAGAGUGCCCAGGAAGUGCAGUGUGUAAAAACAAAUCAGACUUAUUCUGCUCGUCGACAUUAAGGUAAAACCAAACUAUUUUGCAGUGAUUCAUUCGCGACUAUCUCCAGGAUAGAGAGGUUCACUGAAGGUUCCAUCACCGGAUUUAAAAAGAUAUUGUGUUAUGUCUCCUUAUCAUCUUCGCAUUUGAAACGACACUGAUACACUCGAUAAUCAACCGGAGUGCAUACACGAGCAGAGAAUAUCGAGAGAACACUGAGUGUGCUCAUCACGAAAGCUUUAAUCAUGACAGAAGCAUCACGGGAUCCUGAAGUGGCUGAUUCAGAAAACACUGACAACGGCAGGACAACGUUAAAUCUAACUUGUUCAACAUCCAACAAGAAACCUCUUCCAGAUCGUGGAACAUGGAGCACCAAGCUGGAUUUUAUCCUCAGUGUGGUUGGCCUGGCAAUCGGUCUUGGUAAUGUCUGGCGAUUUCCAUACCUAUGCUAUAAAAACGGCGGUGGUGCUUUCCUAAUACCCUACUUCUUGACACUGUUUCUGGCCGGUAUACCCAUGUUUUUCAUGGAAUUGGCUCUCGGGCAAAUGCUCACGGUAGGCGGCCUCGGAGUUUUCAAAAUAGCGCCACUCUUUAAGGGCAUCGGUUACGCCGCCGCUGUCAUGUCCUGUUGGAUGAAUGUCUAUUACAUCGUUAUUCUAGCCUGGGCGAUUUUUUAUUUUUUCAUGUCAAUGCGCAGUGAAUUGCCUUGGGGAAGCUGUAACAAUGAUUGGAACACCAAGAAUUGCGUGAAUCCUUACGACAGAAGCUCGUUGUUUUGCUGGAGCGAGAUCUCGGCGAGGAACGGUAGCAUCGUCAAGAUGUGCACACUCAAUCAUAUUAAUGUGACAGUAUCGGAGCUUACGGAUCCUGUGAAGGAGUUUUGGGAACGUCGAGCUUUACAAAUCAGUGGUGGUAUUGAGUCCGUGGGCAAUAUUCGAUGGGAAUUGGCGGGGACAUUGUUAUUGGUGUGGAUAAUUUGCUAUUUUUGCAUCUGGAAGGGUGUCAAGUGGACUGGCAAAGUUGUCUAUUUUACAUCUCUCUUUCCAUAUGUGUUGCUCACUGUUCUUCUGAUCCGUGGUAUUACACUACCCGGCGCUAUGGAAGGCAUUCGAUUUUAUAUUAGUCCAAACUUGUCUAAGCUACGGGAAUCCGAGGUAUGGAUCGAUGCAGUGACACAAAUCUUUUUUUCGUACGGUCUCGGACUCGGUACCCUGGUAGCUCUCGGUAGUUACAACAAAUUCACCAACAACGUUUACAAGGACGCUCUAAUCGUUUGCUCGGUUAACUCUUCCACUAGCAUGUUCGCGGGUUUUGUGAUAUUCUCGGUGGUUGGUUUUAUGGCGCACGAGCAGCAGAAACCGGUUGCCGAAGUAGCCGCUUCCGGACCAGGAUUGGCCUUCUUGGCUUAUCCAUCGGCUGUUCUUCAACUGCCGGGUGCUCCACUUUGGUCAUGCCUAUUUUUCUUCAUGCUGCUGCUUAUUGGACUUGACUCCCAGUUCUGCACAAUGGAAGGCUUCGUUACGGCUAUGGUGGACGAAUGGCCGCAGCUGUUACGACGUCGCAAGGAGUUGUUUAUCGCCAUCGUGUGCGCCCUGUCCUAUGUCAUCGGAUUGUCAUGUAUUUCUCAAGGUGGCAUGUACGUUUUCCAAAUCCUUGAUUCGUACGCUGUCUCCGGCUUCUGCUUACUCUUUCUUAUAUUUUUCGAGUGCAUAUCAAUCAGUUGGGCGUUUGGCGUAAAUCGAUUUUAUGACGCCCUUCGCGAUAUGAUCGGAUACUAUCCCCUUAUGUGGUGGAAAUUUUGCUGGGUAGUGACUACCCCGAUGAUUUGCGUUGGGGUAUUUGUCUUCAAUCUGGUUCAGUGGACACCUAUAAAGUAUUUAGAUUAUGAAUACCCGUGGUGGUCGCAUGUGUUAGGUUGGUUUACAGCGCUAUCUUCCAUGCUAUGCAUACCUGGAUAUAUGGUUUAUGCCUGGAUGACUACAACAGGCGAUAAUAGGACAAAAUACAAAUUGUUAAUUCAGAUAGAGGAUGACGUUGCGACUCUACGAACAAAGAUGGGUCAACCACCAGUCGAGCUAACGCCCCUAUAA